AUGUCGCACAAAGCCUGGGGAAGGAUUUCACGUGGCAGGCAGUGCCUGGCUGGACCCACGGACACGGGCGGGGGAGUUGAGGCCUGGGCGGGGGCGGCUGGAGGGAAGUGGGGCCUCAGCAUCCGCCGUGGCUGUGGCCGCCUGCCCAAGGCCCUUGCCCAGCCCCACGACAACGGGGUCAUGUCUGGACUCAUGCAGAUGCUGCUGCUGAAGGUGUCGGCCCACAUCACCGAGCAGCUGGGCAUGGCCCCUGGCGGCGAGUUCAGGGAGGCCUUCAAGGAGCCCCUUCCCCAGGCCAGCAAGGUGCCUUUCUGCAAGUUCCACCUGGGCGACCGGCCCAUCCCCGUCACCUUCAAGAGGGCCAUCGCCGCACUGUCCUUCUGGCAGAAAGUCAAGCUGGCCUGGGGCCUGUGCUUCCUGUCAGACCCCAUCAGCAAGGACGACGUGGAGCGCUGUAAGCAGAAGGACCUGCUGGAGCGGAUGAUGGCCGAGAUGGUCGGCGCGUUCCCCGACCUGCACCGCACCAUCGUCUCCGAGCGCGACGUCUACCUGACCUACAUGCUGCGGCAGGCCGCCCGGCGCCUGGAGCUGCCCCGCUCCUCCGACGCUGAGCCCAGGAAGUGUGUCCCCUCGGUGGUGGUGGGUGUCGUGGGCAUGGGCCACGUGCCGGGCAUCGAGAAGAACUGGACCACCGACCUCAACAUCCAGGAGAUCAUGACGUGA